UGAUGUCACACUGACCUCUAAGUUACUGCUUCCCUGGCUCAGAAAAUUAUAGCUCUUAUCUGAAAUCCUGUGGCUGAAAUAUCAUGCUGUUUAAAAUGGACCUGAACUAUUUCACUAUGAAUUUUAAAGACUUUUUUCUGCUCAAUCUUUAACAUGGCUUCUGGCACAAACAAGGUCAACUCACCAUAGAUUUUUUUUCCCAGCUGGAAAAGAAACAUGUUCAUUCAAGGCCUGUCUCUGGUCAUUCCUCUCUGGUCUGUCUGCUUUAUCAAAGAGAGCUUCUGUAUCUGUGCUAGAACUACCUGGGCAAAGGUUGGAUGGGAGAUUUUUCCAGGGGAAGUGGACUUGAUGCAGCUUACGCCUCCACCUUCCCACUUACCCUAUGGUCUGGACCAGCUGGGCUACAACUUUUGGAGUUGUACCCAGCUCUCUUAUAUUUUAGUGGAAACUCUCUUUGUAAUCCUGACUGCUUUAUCUGGACAUUAUCUUUGGACCCAAUGGAAGAAACACACAAGGAAGCCAGAAGAUAAUUUUUCCAUAAAUGGUGAUCAACAAAAUCAGUCCAUUUAUGACAUUGACCAAAUCAUCUGCAGGCUGAUGUCAACCACAUCAAUGCUAACAAGAUAUGUAAAGCAAGUAUCCCACCAUUCCCCCAAAAAAUUGAAACACAGGAGAAAAUUAAGGAAAAAAAUUAAGGAUGGAGACACACUCGACUGGAACUUCCAAAUGUGUUCACACAUUAAUUCAAAUUUCUCUGGUAUAGACCUUUUAGAAGAUAACUAUUGAAAGAGAAGACUCUUUUUUUGGAUGAAAAUU